UCAAACUUUUUACAGUCUAUGGGUAAAACAUUCGUUUAGUUUUGCGACAACAAAGAGAUGUCCAUAAAUCUGUUGCACCCCUGGGGGAACCCCCACCUCCACCCCCCAAUCAAGUUUUUUUGUCCCAACCCUCUAGAUUUUUUGGAGGGAAUUUCAUAGAUGGACGAUGUCGUGCAAUAGGCAAAGACAUAGGCAGCUGCAAGACCAUUUUAAUCGUAUCUUGGACAGUCACAUUAGCAUGGACGGUCAAGACAAUACCAGGAAUGUGGUUGAUCGACUAAGGGACUGUCAGCGAAGGAUAGAUCCACACCGCAACGCAAGAACCACGAGGUCAGCCAGUCGGGCUUUGAGCUCCCUCAGGCUGUGCUUUCUGACAGAUCCUUCUGCAGAGGUUUUGGGCUCAAGAAAUGCUUCAUCAAUUACAAAAACAAAUGCCCCUUUCUCCAUGUCUGAGACAGACUUCAGAAAGAAGGUGAAAGACACAUUCCCAGACCUUCAGGAUGGUGACUUUGAUUUGUGUAGGGUAGACAGGUGGAGAAAAGUUCAUCCGGUAGGAAUAAGUUCUUUGUGUCCUUCAGUCAUAACGGCUUGUCCAGAGUUUUCGAGGUCUGCAGUUUACAUAAGACUCAAAACAGCACCACCACCCUCAGGUCAGAUGGUAGAUCAGAUAACCCCACCAUCCUCUGGCCAGAAUGUAAUUGUUGAUCAGUUGAUGGCUUGGAGAGCCUUAAGACAAGUCCAAGACCAAGAAUAUGCAAGUUCCCUUGAAAUUGAUAGGGCAAGGGACAUGAGACGGAGACAAAUUUAGGUGUAUGAAAACCGGAGGAGAAAGGCAAUUGAAGAUAGGCAGAAACAUAUAGCCAACAUCCCCGAGCCAGAUGGCGGCAUGAUUAUUCAAUUUAAGUAUCCGGAUGGGAGACUGCAAAGGCGGGCUUUUAAUAUUACUCAGCCA